AUGGAUGGUCUCUUGGACAAAACCCUAAGACUUUGUUACCACUUCCGGCCAAACACAACCCGACAAAUGAAAAUAGAAUACUCAUGUUCCAUUUCAUUGUCUUCCAUGGAGCCUACCCCACCACCAUCACCAGAUACUAUAAACUCCAACAACUCGAUUAACUCAAGAGACGGGCUAUACUUGAACAAUAUGCACACAAUUUUCUGCGACUGUGGUGAUAAAAUAGCCAAGCAAAAAGGUGAGGUGGAGCGCAUGAAGGAGGAGAUGGGUCGCGAUUACCUUCAUUCCACGGUUGAUGUCCUUAACAUGCAGCAAAGGUUCGAGAAGGUUGAGAAGUAG